GCCCCACCUCCGUGCGUCACAGAAUGGCCUCGGACACCCAGGCAGCCCUGACGUGUCGGGGAGGAGCCGGGCGCGGAGGUGCGCGGAGUGGAGCUCGGGGCUGCGGAGGGGAGCCGAGCUGAGAGGCUGGGUGGGCCUGGCCAAGCCAGCGGAGCGGAGACGUCGGUCGAGCGGCGGCGAACAUGCGCUUUUGACACAUUGGAGGCUUUCUUGAUCAUGGAUGGUGAAGAUAUACCAGAUUUUUCAAGUUUAAAGGAGGAAACUGCCUAUUGGAAGGAACUUUCCUUGAAGUAUAAGCAAAGCUUCCAGGAAGCUCGGGAUGAGCUAGUUGAAUUCCAGGAAGGAAGCAGAGAAUUAGAAGCAGAGUUGGAGGCACAAUUAGUACAGGCUGAACAAAGAAAUAGAGACUUGCAGGCUGAUAACCAAAGACUGAAAUAUGAAGUGGAGGCAUUAAAGGAGAAGCUAGAGCAUCAGUAUGCACAGAGCUACAAGCAGGUCUCAGUGUUAGAAGACGAUUUAAGUCAGACUCGAGCCAUUAAGGAGCAAUUGCAUAAGUAUGUGAGAGAGCUGGAGCAGGCCAAUGACGACCUGGAGCGAGCCAAAAGGGCAACAAUAGUUUCACUGGAAGACUUUGAACAGAGGCUAAAUCAGGCCAUUGAACGAAAUGCGUUUUUAGAAAGUGAACUUGAUGAAAAGGAAUCUUUGUUGGUCUCUGUACAGAGGUUAAAGGAUGAAGCAAGAGAUUUAAGGCAAGAACUAGCAGUUCGAGAAAGACAGCAGGAAGUAACUAGAAAGUCGGCUCCUAGCUCUCCAACUCUAGACUGUGAAAAGAUGGACUCUGCUGUCCAAGCGUCACUCUCUUUGCCAGCUACCCCUGUUGGCAAAGGAACGGAGAACACUUUUCCUUCACCGAAAGGUGCCAUGGAGUACAGUGGCGCGAUCUCGGCUCACUGCAACCUCCGCCUCCCAGGUUCAAGCAAUUCUCCUGCCUCAGCCUCCCGAGUAACUGGGACUACAGCUAUACCAAAUGGUUUUGGUACCAGUCCACUAACUCCUUCUGCUAGGAUAUCAGCACUGAACAUUGUGGGGGAUCUCUUACGCAAAGUGGGGGCUUUAGAAUCCAAAUUAGCAGCUUGCAGGAAUUUUGCAAAGGACCAAGCAUCACGAAAAUCCUAUAUUUCAGGGAAUGUUAACUGUGGGGUGCUGAAUGGCAAUGGCACAAAGUUCUCUCGAACAGGGCAUACAUCAUUCUUCGACAAAGGAUGGAGUCUCUGUCAGUCUGGCUGGAGUACAGUGGUGCCAUCUCUGCUCAAUGCAACCUCCACCUCCUGAGUUCAAGUGAUUCUUGUGCCUCAGCCUCCCAAGUAGCUGGGAUUACAGGUGUGUGCCAGCACACCUGGCUAAUUUUUGUAUUUUUAGUAGAGGCGGGGUUUUACCACAUUAGCCAGGCUGGUCUUGAACUCCUAACCUCAGGUGAUCCGCCCACCUCGGCCUCCCAAAGUGCUGGGAUUACAGUUGUGAGCCACCACGCCUGGCCUGUAUGCAGUGAUCUUCUAAACAGCAAAUGUUACAUACAAGCUACCUGUGAGUUAUACUGAACAUAGACUUUUGAAGACACAAUUCUUAGUUUAAUCACCUAAACUUUCAGCCUGAGAAAUAACCCAAUUUAUUAAGUGAUUGUUUCACUUGAGAAUUUACAGGACUUUGGCAGCUCACACUGAAAACAAACAAAAAUCCCCUAUCCUCACUCUUUGGUUAGAGGUGAAACAAGCCCAUAUUUGUAGACAGGUCUACGUUGUCCCAUAUGAAGGAGAGGUAACUUAUUUGGAGGACUCCAUGGAAGAUAGAAAAAAUUACUUUGUUCCUUGACAAAUAUGCAAAAAUGGAUAGGGAGGGAGUCAGCCCAAAGAGUGAGUUAUGUUACUUCAGCCCACUGGAGUCUAAGAGUGGAGUGGGAAGUCCUGGGGCAUGGGGCUGGGGAGGAUGCAGGGUUCUGGCCAUAAGCCCUGCAUUUCUGGGCUCCAAGCUCCCCAACCAGAGGGUGAAUCCGAAGGUCUGCCUGGUUCUGGGGAAUAUGGCAUGAUAGCUUUGUAAAUGCCUGCCUGCCAGAGCUGUGCUGUAUAGUUUCUCAGACAUUUCAGAAUGCUUGAAUACAACAAUAUGAAAGCUGUUAAGCCAUCCCUUCCUGUGGGGAGAAGAAAGGCUAGGAUUUUUGUCAUACUGCAUUUCAUCUCUGCCAGCAAACUAGCAUUUCAUGUGAUACCACACACUUGGCAAAGGGACUUUGGGUAGGAGAUGCAAACUCAGGGGGCACAGUGUAGUUAGCCCUGAGCCGAGUCCUAAAGCCCAGCCUUCCCUGAGUGUUCUCAGAGGCCUGUCCUUCCACCCUCUGAACGCUCGCAGCUCUUCUCUCAGCUCACGCCAACUUCUGUCGCCCACUCUGGUUGUACAUGUUCUCUGCCCACGUGGGGAGCCCUUCAUGGAAGUGGCAUGUCUGUCUCUGACUGAGCCUGGUGGGUAAGUUUUGAUAUAUAACAACAAAAACCUCUUACUUGGCUUCCUGCUCAAGCUGCUCCUCCAGCUGCCCAAUCUUGGCCUCCAGGGCUGAGAUGGUGGCCUUGAACUUGGACUUGACAGCACCCUCUAGCUCCUGCAGCUUGGCCUUCAACUCCUUGUUCUGCCGCUCCAGUUGCUGGCGUGCGUUGUCACUCUUCUGGGCGGCGCUGCGCUCGGCUGCUAGCUCGGCAUUCAGUGUAUCCACCUGGAGAGGAGAGAGUUUAGUCACUUGUGCCUGAGGGGUGGCAUAGCCCUCCCUUGGUGGCGGGCCCCUGUGUGGGCCACCUGCAGAGUGGUCUUGCGGAAGCGGUCGUUGAGCAGCUCCAUGUUGCUCUGCUCCUCCUCAAGCUCCUCCUCCAGCUGUGCAAUCCGAGCCUCCAGACGCCGCUUCUCAUCCAGCAGCGCAGACCUGGCAGGGAAGAGGGGGAAGCAACAGGUCAGUCCCAGCUCAGCACAGCACGGGAGCUUCAGGGAAGACUCCUCCCCGACCCUGGUGCUGAAACCUGAGCAGCCAUUCUCAAGUUUCUCUUUUCCUUGCACCCAUCCCCGAAUCCAUUAGUAGGUCCCACCAACGACACUUGCAAACACCCUCCCCCACUGCCACCACCCAGAUGCAGGCCUGUCAUCUCUCACCUGGACUGCUGGGGUGGCCUCCAGCUGCCCUGCCUGCCUCCCUCCAGCUGUUCUCCACAGACAGCUGCCAGAGUGAACUUUCAGAACACAAGCACGAGCCCAGCCCCCCACCCAUAAACUCUAGUGGUUUUCCAAUGCACUGAGAAUACAAUUCUCAGUCCUCAUAUGGCAUGCUCAAAAAGGUAGAUGAUGAACCUUUGGUUCAAUAAUUCAGUGGAGAAAUCAACUGAAUUGGAAAAAAGAUAAUGACUUUUAACGAAAAAUGAAAUCAGAUAAAGGUCAUAUCUGAGGAACCUGCUUGCUAAACCGAAUGAACUGGAAAGUGAAGAGUGCAGUGCCAGUUAGUGCAGACCAUGGCUCACACCUGCAGGACUCAGGACUGGCAUGGGGUACGAUGGCUGAGGCAGCCCAGGCCCAGCGAAGGAGGAGCAAACCACCUGCUGAUGCCAGGUGUGUUGACACCUCCAGCCUUCUCAGCAGUGCCCUGAGAACCCGCCUCUGCCCCUGGCCAUGGAAGACUCACUUGCCAGAAGUGCUGUUGGCUAUCUCAUCGGCCAGUUCGUCUCUCUCCUGCUCGGCGUGUCGGCGGGCUCGUUCAGACGAGGCAAGUUCCUAAGCAGUGAAGACUGUGUUAAGCUCUGGCUGUGAACAGUUUCCUCACCUGUGGAAUCUGACAGUGGCUGGAGCUGCAGUGACCUUGUUUCUGACACUGUUUACCUGCACCUCAAGCUGUCAUUUAGAUUUGAGAAAUUAAACUGGCAAGGAAAUCUGUUUGGUGCAGGUCAGCCAGGUGGUGUGUGGUGUCAGCAUCUGACACAGAAAUGUCCAGAGGGAACUCUUCCCUGCCAUCAGGGCUUUGCUGUCACUUCCAACCUAAGAGGUGGUGAUGUUCCUGCCCUUCUUGGAAAGCAGGUACUUCUUAAUAUAAACUGAGCGGGAACUUUAUACAAACCCUGGGCCCUAAGAAACAUGAGCUGUACCUACUUACUGCCCUGCGGAAUCUUUCACAUACAUAGUUUGAGAUCAAGUAAACUGGCUGCACGGACCAGUGUGGAUCCAGGCAGCUGUGCAGCAGCGAGGGUCAGCGCUCCCACAGGGAGAAGGCAGGUGGGUGCACCCGUGGGGCUCAAGUGUUUGCAGAGCUGGGCCUCUCUGGUAAGGGCCUCUUGAAGGUGAUGGAGCCCUGGAGAGUCAGGCCUUUGUGGCUCCUCAGCUGGCUCUGUGAGGACUGGGCAGAACAAUGGGGACAGCCCUGUGCCUGCCAGCCCAUGAGAGGAACUGCAUGAUGGCUGUUUUUCCACAAACUUCCUUGGAAAGAUGAUUUGCCACAGAAAGGAGUCAAGGGUGCAUUUAUUUUAUAAAUGAGGGAACUGAGGCCCACCUGGACAAAGAUAUUGGCCCAAAGUCCCAAGGUUGGUCAGCAGCAAAAAGUCGGUUCUGACUCCCUGUUCAGGGCUCUUCCCACCAGCUGCCCUUUCCAAAAGAUGCCACAUUUGGCAAGAGCACACCUUGAAGGUGUCUUAGGAGCAGGGCUGCACGGGAGCUCCUCUGCCUGCUCCAGCACAUGCAAGUGCCUUACAUGAGUGUGGGCUGUGGGUCCUCUGACAGGCCCGGGGCAGGGUGGGAGUCAGGAGGGAAAAAGAGGCAGCACCUGCUCCCGGCCUGACCCCAGAGCCACUGACUCCAGACAGCUCUGCCAUCUGGCCUCUGGUGUUCUGCCCUCUAGGGCUUUUAAGACACUCACUAUCCACUGGCUGGGAGUGCUUUAGGUAGACAGAGGGACCCAUAGGAGAAAGAAAAGGACCCUGAGGCUUCUAAGCCAAAUGAACAGAGGUAUCUGAGGGAAGGAAAAGUGUCAGCAAUAGGGGUAAAGGCAGGGCCAGCUUUCCAGCUCAGUCUCUUCCUAACGCACUGUGAUUCAGACCUUGCCUGAGAGUCUGAAAGAAAAAACAUGGAGCAUGGUACAGAGAAUGCCGCCUGGACAUGUGGGUAAUGGCCCAGGGGCGCUCUCUAGGAGGCAGGCUCCAAGAGCCAAAGCGCCUGGGGAAAUGAGUAUUUGGGCAUCUCACCAGUCAACCCCAUGAUGGAUACAUAGAGCUUACACAUCUACUUCAUUGACGAACAUGCAUCGUUUUUAAGCAUACGUGGAACAUUUACAAAAACAAAUGUGUUCUAGGUCCCAGAGCCCUCUCAACAUUCUCUGACCACAAUGUGAUAAAGCUAAAAUCAACUUAAAAAAGAAGCAAAUGCCAUACAUUUGAAAAUUGAAGCCACAAGCUUAAAUUAUUCAUGGGAUAAAGAAGAAACCAUAAUAGGAAUUAGAAAAAUUUAGAAUUAAAUGACAAUGAGAUGACUCCACAUCAAAAAUCUGGGGAAUUUACAGUCUUUUAUAGACAUAUUAGACAAGAAGCUUGAAAGCUGAUGAGCUAGGUGUCCAACUCAAGAAGUCAGAAAAACGAGUAAAAAAUGGUGAGGCAGAGGACAGCCGGAUGAAAACCUCCCAAAACUGGCUCUCAGGUUCUCUCAGGGUCUGCUUGGCAUUUACUGACCUGGUUUUCAGUUCCUCAUUCAUUCCUGACUCCUAGAGAGCCAUCCUUUCUUGCAAAUUCAACUCUGCCUUUGCUAAUAUUUUACCCAAGAUUUCUAGGUGUUUGUAUUGGGAGUUUUUUCAUAUUAACUGAUACUAACAUUUAACUUAUCUUUCCAGGUUUGAAGAAAAUUUCGAUUACCCAUCAUUUACAUGGUAAUGUGUAUAUUUAAGCGUGUCUUGCUCUGUUAUAAUUCCUGUAGGCAACUUAUCUGUGUCUGCAUCAUGAGAACUUACAAAAAAGAUAAAUAAAGGAAUAACAGGAAUUCAAUGAAAGAAACUUCUCUCCUUUUAAAAAAGUUAUCACAUGAAUAGUGCUUCUGUGUAAAAACAGGCAAUUUUGCAUCAACAAGGUUGGGGUUACACAGUCCUCACGCUUAUCAACACUAAAGUAUCACUUCCCUUUCCUGCACAGGGAGCAGGCCGAGAAGGUGGCCUGAAAAGUUACUCAUCAGCUCCUUUGCCUUUAGCGAGGUAGAGGAAUAUACAUGAGCAGUGUUGAACUGAUCACUUUCUGUUUCCAAACUGAAGUAACAAGGUUGGAGACCAUAUUAAAAGUGGAUACUAAAAAAAAAAAAACCAAAAAACCCAAAAUAAAUGCAACAACUAAAAUGGAUACUGACAUUACAGUGGGCCACAAAGAUAUUAAAAAAAUUUUUUUUGAUCUUGACAAAUUUCAAGGACAAAUAUAUUGAACAAAUGGAAAAGUAACAAACCAACCUCUUGCAAUUGAAGGAUUUCUGCUUCCAGACUCUUCAAUUUCUUUUCACUCUCUUUGGAUUGAGCAAAAAUCUCAUCUCUGGAUGCACGAGCUUCUUCUAAUUCACGUUGGUAAUCCUUCAUCUGAGCCUAAGAUUAAAUAAGAAGGUUUUGGGGGUGAUUUGCAUCCUUAGUUUUAAUUAAAAAAAUUUUUUUAAGAGAUGAGCUCUCGCUAUGUUGCCCAGGCCGUUCUGAAACUCAAGGCCUCAAGCAUUCCUCCUGCCUUGGCCUCCUGAAGUGCUGGGAUUACAGGUGUGAGCCGCUAUGCCUGGCACCAUUCUUAGCUUUUAAACAUGGUUCUUUUUCUAGAUUAUAAAAGUAAUAUACAUUCACUGUAAAUAUAAAAGCAUAUGGAAAUGACAAGGAUAUCAUAAGAAAACUACAGAUCAAAAUGAAAUCCCUUAUGAAUACAACUGCAAAGAUCUUCAGCCACAUAGUAGCAAAAUGAAUCUGGCAACAUGUAAAAAGGAUCAUACUCCACGACCAAGUGGGAUCUCUGAGGAGUGCAAGAUUGGUGGACAACGAAAAGUGAAUUAAUGUAACCAUAUGAUCAUCACAAUAAAAGCUGAAGAGGCACUUGACAAAAUCUAAUACCGUUUCAAUAUAAAAAUACUCAAGCCAUGAACAGAAGGAAAUUCAACUCUUGAUAGAGGGCAUCAGUGAAAAACUGAGCCAAUAUCAUAUGUAAGGAUCAAUGACUGAAUGCCUUCCCUCUAAAAGAUGAACAAGACAAGGAUGUGUUGCUAAGUGCGCUCAAGCAUCUCCUGUGGACACAGUGGACACACGUGGCCUGCUGCCCCACCCAUGGCCAUGCUGACAGUGGUGCUGUGCCCCCACGGUGGGUGACAGCGGUGCAGUGCUGUCCCCUGUGUAAAAGCCACACGGGUCAUGUGGUGCCAUGCAGAGACUCCGUGGGAAGUGGCACGUACCUGGAGCUUGCGGAGCUGCUUGAUCACCUCAUCCCGAGCUUUGUUCGCAGCCUCGAUCUGGGCUUCGAGGUCCUUCAGGUCUAUCUCCAUCUUUUUCUUGGAAGCCACAGCCAGUGCCCGCUGUUUCCUCUCGUCCUCCAGCUCUGCCUCGAGCUCCCGCACCUAACGAACAGCAUUGGAUUAUGCUGGGUUAAGUCCAAGUAUCCACUCAGAGAGCAGGCAGCCUGUCCUCAGGUGGGGGCUCUGGUGACUCGGGUGAGUAGAACCUUCUGUUAUUCUGUAGAGGUCUCUGUUACCGAAUAGUUAUUAUGAACAGAAAACCACAGUAGCUGAAUUUUGUUCAAAGAGAUGUUUAAAUAACACCACCUAGUACAAACCACCCCACUGACUGCUUCAAGGGCACACGAGAAGGCAGCCAGUGACCUGAGCUCAGAGUGUAGAUGAAGCCAAGAUGGAAAGACCCGAGAUGAUGCAGUAAUCAUGUACUAAAGGCUGGGGUAGGCACAGAGUGGGCGUGGGGUAGUUGCUAAGAGGUGCAGAUGGCAUGUCUGUUUCCUAAAGUUGUGAGAAUUUGUGGCAUGGACACGUUACAGGGGUGUCAGAACCAGUCAGAAACUGCCUUUAAUGAGCAGGAAAGUGGGGAGCAGUCAAAGCUGUCCAACGGAGGAGGGACAAAAUGAGGGCCAGUUCGGGAGCAGGCAGAUGGGAGAGUGAGGAUGAGUAGGAUGUGGGCUGGAAACCGAGGGGGACUAACUCUGUGGUGCUCUUCACUCUGUGAGCCCCAUAAUGUGCAGUGGGGAUGGGGCACUACGCUCACACUGUGUGAGGGGUGCUUAGAAGAAGGUGCUCGGGAGUCCUUAAACCAAAUCCUAAUGCCUCAGUCACCAGAAAUGAAGCCGUUGAGCUCCAAACCUUAUCAGCCCAUGAGUCCACGGGGACAGUGUGCCACUGCCUUGACACGCUCUUCCCAACCUGUCCUGCUUCCUCCGCUUAUUCAGCCAUAAAUGCUUUGUCAUGUAUUUAUUAAGGUACAGGGUCAUAAAUAUCUUAAUACCUGCGGCCUAGGUAUUGCUCUAGCAGCUAGAGGCUUGGGUGAGCAAGGAAGGGUCCCUGCCUUCACAGAACUCACGCUUCCCGCAAAGAGGAUGGCGGCUGGUGUGGAGGCAGCGAGGCCUGGUGGAGUGGUGGCUCCACUGGUCCUCACCAAAGGGGAGAAAGAAGGCUGCUGCUGCUGCUCCUCUGCAGGGGUUGGUGUGGGAGAGGAGGAGCAGGGCAGCUGCUCCUGCAUAAUACAGAGGCGCUCAUCGUCUGCUUGCUGGAUUCUGCAGAGAUCCGGAGCUGUACCUCAAGGCACAGGAGAGCAGGAGGCUCCUAAUGUAGAGCCACUUACGUGAUAUUUCAAAGUUUGGUGGUUUAAAAAAAUGUCUAGAAAUUCUUUAAUAUUCCCCACCUUAAAGAGUUGGAGUGUAAUCUCUCUAAUGUGGGCCAGUCUUAGUGACUCGUUUCUAACAAACGGAAUAAAAAAGUGAUCACAUGAGACUUGGGAGAUUAGGUCAUAAAAGGCCUGGAAGCUUCCUCCUUGCUUGCUUUCUUUUGGAUCUCUCAGUCUCCUGAGGCUCCCUCCAGGACACUCAGGAAGCCCAUGUGGUGAGCUGCUGAGGCCUCCUGCUGACACCAUUUGGGUGAGCCAGCUUGGCACAGCUCCUCCAAGCCCACUUUGGGCCUUCAGAUGAUGCAGCCGGGGCUGAGGUCCUGACUGUACCAGACCCACUGAUUCAACAGCUUCCCAAUUCCUCACCCACAGAAACUGUGACAUAAAUGUUGUUACAGUUUGCAGUAAUUUGUUGUUUGGAGUAAUUUGUUAUCCAGCAAUAAUUGACCAAUAGUUAGGAGAGGGAAAUUAACAAAACAAAGCAAAAUUAAAUAUAUCCCAAAUCUGGCUAGGGGUGGUGGCUCAUGCCUGUAAUCCCAGCAAUUUGGGAGGCCAAGGUAGGUGGAUCACUUGAGUCCAGGAGUUUGAGACCAGCCUGGCCAAGAUGAUGAAACCCUAUCUCUAUUAAAAAUACAAAAAUUAGCCAGGCAUCAUGGCGCAUGCCUAUAGUCCCAGCUACUUGGGAGGUUGAGGCAGGAGAAUCACUUGAACAUGGGAGGCAGAGGUUGCAGUGAACCAGUAUCAUGCCACUGCACUCCAGUCUGUAUGACAGAGCAAGACUCUGUCUCAAAAAAGAAAAUAAUACACACACACACACACACACACACACCCUAAA